GAUGUUUUAUUGCUUUUAUAUUGACCAUGAAGUCGCGAUAACCAAUCUCUGCAAUAACUGUUGCCUCUGGAUUUAUUUUUUAUGCAGUAGCUUUUGUUAAUUCGUCUUAAGAACACGAUAAUUAUUUAUCAAUCUUAAAUAUGUGGUCUAUUUAUUUGAUAUUUAUUUCUAUGCUGGCAGCCAGGGAGAGUCUCAGUGAAAAUAACCUGAAGAAGAGACAAAUUAUUUAUCCGCUAUCAUCAAACCUCUUCGGAAAUCCAUUUCAACAGAGUUUUCCACAGAUUUUUUACCCACCGGGUUAUUACCAGCCAAAUGAAUUCGCGUAUCGUUUGUUUUGGAUCACGCCUGCACCAAUUCACGACGGAACAGCAAACCCUUUUGUUAAUUCUCGGGAUAAUUUUAACACGCCUGACGAUAAAACUGAUGGUUCUGCUCGUAAAAGCGCUGUGUCUGUGAUUGUCGAGAAGAAAGAACAAAAAAAUGACACUGAUUCGGCGAGAAAGUCUACUGGAGAUGAAAAAUUGAGUACCAAUGUGACUGUUCAGGCGAAGCUGGAUGACCGUAGCAAUGAUACGUUGGCAACUGGGGCGAGAUUGGAAGUAGAAAUCUCCAGUGACAACUCGACAGAUACCAGAAUUGAAAAUAAAAAUUCAACUACUGCCUGAGUUUAUUAAAUUUUAAAUUAGUUUUAUGUAUUUAAUUAAAUUUGAAUAAAUUUUUUGAGAAAGUUUAA